CCUUAUGUUGGCUUAUUAUCUCUAUUAAGAUAAUUUUCUUUGGAAGGUGUUGUGAUUUUUGAUGGAAGUCAAGAGUUUGAAUUUGUUGAACCUACUGCAAUCUUGCAUAACCAACAAAUCUUUAUCAUCCGCCAAAAUCAUCCACGCUCGAAUCUUCCGCUUAAUCCUUUUCUCCGACACUUUUCUCUCCAACCACCUCAUCGAACUAUAUUCCAAGUGCAAUGACAUCACUUCCGCACACCACGUGUUCGACAAAAUUCCCCAUAAAAACAUCUUCUCCUAUAACGCCAUCUUGUCCGCUUAUUGCAAAUCCAACAAUUUGCAAAACGCCUGUCGUUUAUUCCUUCAAAUGCCAGAAAGAAACACGGUGUCGUUGAACACUAUAAUCACAAGCAUGGUUCGAAAUGGAUAUGAAAGACAGGCACUUGAUACUUAUGAUUCAAUGAUGGUACAUGACUCUGUUAAGCCUUCUCAUAUAACGUUUGCUACUGUUUUUAGUGCUUGUGGUGGUUUGUUAGAUGCAAAUUGUGGUAGAAGGAAUCAUGGGUUUGUGGUUAAAAUUGGUCUUGAUAGUAAUAUUUAUGUGGUUAAUGCUCUUUUGAGUAUGUAUUCUAAGUGUGGCUUAAAUGUGGAUGCUUUUCGUGUUUUUGAGGAUAUUCCUGAACCUAAUGAGGUUACUUUUACUACAAUUAUGGGUGGGUUAUCGCAAACAAAUCAAGUGGUGGAAGCUUUGGAGUUGUUUAGACUCAUGUUGAGAAAAGGGAUUCGUGUUGAUUCGGUUUCCUUGUCUACCAUCUUGGGUAUUUGUGUGAAAGGAGUAUCUUUUGAUGUAUGUGAUGAUGAUGGUCGUGGUUUUUCGACUAAUGCACAAGGAAAACAGAUUCAUACUCUCGCGAUUAAAGUUGGGUUUGAGAGAGACCUUCAUUUGUGCAAUUCUUUGCUUGAUAUGUAUGCUAAAACCGGGGAUAUGGAUGGUGCUGAAAAUGUUUUUGUUAAUUUGGAUAAGCAUAAUGUUGUUUCUUGGAAUAUAAUGAUAUCUGGGUAUGGGAACAAAUGCGAUAGUGAGAAAGCGGUUGAGUGUUUUCAGAGGAUGCAGUGUUGUGGAUAUGAACCAGAUGAUGUUACUUAUAUUAAUAUGUUGACAGCGUGUGUUAAAUCUGGGGAUGUUAAAAUUGGGCGUCAAAUAUUUGACUGUAUGUCGUGCCCGAGUUUGAUUUCAUGGAAUGCCAUACUUUCUGGCUAUAACCAGAGUGCAGAUCAUGGAGAGGCAGUUGAACUGUUUAGAAAGAUGCAGUUUCAGUGGCAGCACCCUGAUAGGACAACUUUGGCUAUUAUUCUCAGUUCAUGUGCUGAAUUGGGACUUCUUGAGGCUGGGAAACAGGCUCACGCAGUUUCCCAGAAGCUUGGAUUUUAUGAUGAUGUGUAUGUUGCCAGUAGCCUUAUUAAUGUGUACUCAAAAUGUGGGAAAAUGGAGUUGUCUAAGCAUGUCUUCAGUAAACUUUCUGAACAAGAUGUUGUUUGUUGGAACUCAAUGAUAGCAGGGUUCUCAACCAAUUCUCUUGAACAAGAUGCUUUGGCUUUUUUUAAGCAGAUGAGACAAUUUGGUUUCUUUCCUUCUGAGUUUUCUUUUGCUACCAUAGCUAGCUCUUGUGCGAAGCUUUCGUCUUUGUUUCAAGGACAACAAGUCCAUGCUCAGAUCAUAAAAGAUGGUUAUGUAGAUAAUGUAUUUGUGGGGAGUUCUCUUGCAGAAAUGUAUUGUAAAUGUGGGGAUGUAGUUGCAGCCAGAUGUUAUUUUGAUAUGAUGCCAAGUAAAAAUAUUGUUACUUGGAAUGAAAUGAUACACGGUUAUGCACAGAAUGGAUACGGUCACGAGGCUGUAUGCCUUUAUAAGGAGAUGAUUUCAUGUGGCGAAAAACCUGAUGAUAUUACAUUUAUUGCUGUUUUAACUGCUUGUAGCCACUCAGCAUUGGUCGAUGAAGGGGUUGAAAUAUUCAACGCAAUGCUACAAAAAUUCGAAGUGGUGCCAAAGUUGGAUCAUUAUACAUGCAUCAUAGAUUGUCUGGGACGAGCAGGGAGGUUUCAUGAAGUAGAAGUCAUUCUAGAUACCAUGCCGUAUAAAGAUGACACAAUUGUAUGGGAGGUUGUAUUAAGCUCAUGCCGUGUUCAUGGUAACUUGAGCUUAGCAAAAAGAGCAGCUGAGGAACUCUAUCGACUGGACCCACGAAAUUCUGCGCCUUAUGUGCUUCUUGCCAACAUGUAUUCUUCUAUGGGAAGAUGGGAUGAUGCACAAGUUGUUAGAGAUUUGAUGAGUGAUAACCAAAUACAUAAGGACCCUGGUUAUAGCAGGAGCGAGUUCAAGUAUGAUGUGCAAAGCACUCUGUAGAUAAAAUCAAUUCUACAAGACCUCAUGAAUUACAACAACAGGAGUUCUAGUUGUGGAUUCAAACUACCUCCAAGCUAGUAACGGUCAUUUCACUGCUCUUAAUUUCUUUAACUCCUUGAAGAUGGUUAAUGACCCGACAACACUUUGAUUAUCGGUGGUAAUCCAACUCAUUGACUGAUUACUAAACUGUAGUUUCAUGCAUCGUCGUCUUUUUGAGGCCGAGCCGAAUAGAGUAGUUUCAUGAAUUAGAAGUCAUUAUAUAUUAUGGGAGGCUGUGUUAUAAUCAUGCUAACUUGAGCUCAGCAAAAAGAGAAGAUGAGCCACUCUAUCAACUAGACUAACAUGAUUUUGCACCAUAUGUGCUUCUUGCCAACUUGUAUUCUUCUUUGAGAAAUUUGGAUGGUGCACAAUUUGUUAGUAUGUAUGAGUGAUAACCAGUUCUAUGGGAUUCCCUCACUAUUGCAGGAGUAAGUGCAUGCAAAGUAUUAUGUAAAACAAACAAUAAUCUUUUAUUGGUUGGCAAAAACUCAACUGUACAGAGCUCAAUUAUAAAAAAAUCGCAUUAAUACUGGUCGGAAAUCUUACACCGUCUCUGCUGAGAACUUAAUUUCUACAACAGUUGCUCUACUUGUGAGGGAAACUACCCCAAGUUAAUACUGGUCGGAAAAACAACUUUUAGAAUUUUGAAGAAUUAAAUGUACAAUAUUUAAGACAAUAUUUAUAGAUUUAAUCUCUUAACAUGUGACUUGCCCUUAAAGUAAUUGGAAAUUUUCAUGCAACACUUGCUACCAUUGAAGAAAUUACUGCGGGGACAAUAUAAAAAGGCAGAGUCUUGAAAUUACCAGGUCACCCUUUUAGGGGAGUAAUUACAAGGCUCCUGUAUUAUUGCUGAUUUGGCUCAUUUCACGUGUCAAGUAUUUUCUUAUGCAGGCAUUUGAAUUUAACAUAGUUGAUGGACAGGCCCGCGCAUACACGUAUUAUGUUCAAGAACAAAAUGAUGAUCAACAGGAUAUAAAUGAUUGUUGCGAUGUGAUGAAGCUAGAUUUCUAUACGGUGGGUGAAACCAUCAUGUAAGAUUAGCACUCCAAUGCUCAAGUGAGUGAGGAAGAAUGAAUAGUGAACUUUCAAAUAGGAGUGAAAUCAUAUCUAAAAUGGUGCGUUAACUCUGUUUUUAUAAGAGAGUU